AACGCCAGGGAAAUUUAGCUACGUUAACUGCAGGAGUCUGUCACGCAAGAUAUUUUUUGAUAGUGCAGGUUAACUAGAUAUAAGGCAAAUUGGUAAUUAAAAUAUAUAUCUCUUAAAUGACUCAUUAUUCACAGUGCUUCUAUUGCUAGACUUGGUUUUGAGUACGGAAAGCGUGCUGCUAACACCUGGGCUAACUCACUUCACGAUUACACUCAACCAUCUUUAAUACGGUGCAGUUAGCGCACAACAAACUCUCGCGAUGAUGUAACGUUAUGGUCGACCCACUGCAUGUUUACGGAACUGUCGCGAGAUUAGAGAUGGAAGAUGGCAGUUCUGUCUUUCCUGGAGUUGGGAUAUAGCAACACCAGUGUCGCCUCCAACUGAGGGGCCGUAUGUAAUGUGAGGGAAGGGGAGGCAGAUUUGCAAAUAAUUUAAAUCUUAUACUUUUUAAAUGUCUAUGCCGUAUGUUUCUUUUGAAGAAUUGCGUGUUUUCGUGUUGUGUGGGCUGCUGUUAUUGUCUCAGCAUUCCCAAGGCGCUCUAUAACUUGCCUCUGGCAACAUCUCUGCCAACGACAAUUAGCAUACAUUUUUCAUCGUCGUAAUCAUUGGAAAGUGUAACUCGUAUGUUUUAAAGGUUCGUGUAUUUAAAAAUGACAGGAGAAAAGAUCCGCUCGCUGCGUAAGGAUCACAAGCCCAGCAAGGAUGAGGAUUUGCUGGAACCGGACGAGGAAGCUGCUGCUGGGACGUUCACUUCGUCGACAAGGACUAGAGUCAAAGGAAAUAAAAUCUUUAGCAAUCACAAGCUAAUCAAACCCCCAGCGACACAGCAGCAACAGAAUCAGCAAUCGCAGAUCAAUGCUAACACUAACACAAACACAGCAGCUGGUACUAUCGACGAUAACAACAAGAACCCCAUCAUCCGUAACACGGAAGAUUUCCCGGUGCACGAAUGUGUGUUUAAAGGAGACGUGCGCCGAUUGUCAUCCCUAAUUCGGACCCAAAACAUAUCUCAGAAAGAUGUACACGGAAAUACACCUCUCCACCUUGCAGUGAUGAUGGGACAUAAAGAGUGUGCCCAUUUACUCUUGGCCCACAAUGCCCCAGUCAAGGUGAAAAACGCUCAGGGAUGGAGUCCGCUCGCAGAAGCCAUCAGCUACGGAGAUCGACAAAUGAUCACGGCCCUGCUGAGGAAGCUGAAGCAGCAGUCCAGAGAGAGCGUGGAGGACAAGAGGCCGAGGCUACUGAAAGCCCUGAAAGAGCUUGGGGACUUUUAUUUGGAACUGCACUGGGAUUUUCAAAGCUGGGUGCCUUUGCUUUCCCGAAUGCUGCCUUCAGACGCUUGCAAGAUCUACAAGCAGGGCAUCAACAUCAGGCUGGACACCACCCUCAUCGACUUCACAGACAUGAAGUGUCAGCGCGGAGACCUCAGCUUCAUCUUCAACGGGGACGCCACACCUUCCGAAUCUUUCGUGGUUCUGGACAAUGAGCAGAAGGUGUACCAGAGGAUACACCAUGAGGAAUCUGAGAUGGAGACUGAGGAAGAGGUGGACAUUUUAAUGAGUAGCGAUAUUUAUUCAGCCACGCUCUCCACCAAGUCCAUAACCUUCUCCAGAGCCCAGACCGGAUGGCUGUUCAGGGAAGACAAGACGGAGAGAGUUGGGAACUUCCUGGCGGAUUUCUACUCUGUGAACGGCCUGGUGCUGGAGUCCAGAAAGCGCAGAGAGCACUUGAGCGAGGAGGACAUCUUGAGGAACAAGGCCAUCAUGGAGAGCCUGAGUAAAGGGGGAAACAUCAUCGAGCAGACCUUUGAGCCGGUGAGGCGACAGUCCCUCACCGCACCCUCGCCUAGCACAAUCACCUGGGAGGAGUACAUCACCGCCGAAACCGCCAAGGCACCACAUCUUGGGAGAGAACUGGUAUGUAAAGAGAGCAAAAAGAACUUCAAAGCAACUGUAGCCAUGAGCCAGGACUUUCCUCUGGGCAUUGAGUCGCUAUUAAAUGUAUUAGAAGUGAUUGCACCCUUCAAGCACUUUAACAAACUCAGAGAAUUUGUUCAAAUGAAACUCCCACCAGGAUUUCCAGUCAAACUUGACAUCCCUGUGUUUCCAACCAUCACAGCGACUGUGACAUUUCAGGAAUUUCGCUAUGACGAGUUUGAGGAAUCCAUCUUCACAAUCCCUAAUGACUACAAAGAGGAUCCAAGCCGUUUCCCCGACCUUUAACCUUUCAUGCAACCUGGAGCAACUUCUUCCUCAGAAUUGAACUGACAAAUAUACUCAACCCAUAGGAGGGCAUUUAAGCAGUUGUGAAGGUGUCUUGGCAUAAACACAAAGCUAGUCAAAUUUUUAAAUGCUGUAUGUAACGCUGAUAAAGGGAUUGUGUGGAAUCGGUCUCUACAGAGGCAUUUAAUUCAUUGUAGGACAAUUCAUGUGGAAAAGAAAAAUGACAGUCCGUGAACCUUGGCGACAUCCACAUGCACUACUUCAAGUAAGCACUGUGCUGAGCUUCACUUGGCAGACAGGGGGCACUCUACAGUCCCAGUUUUUAUUCGUCCCUUUGAUACUGAAUUUUAAAUGCAUCAUACUAGAGGCAAUGUAAUAUUACGAAUAUUAGAAUUUGGAAUGCGUUGACAGUACCCCACAGCAAAGCCAUCUUGAGCUCUCGGGGAUCGAAGAUGACGGGCAUCUCUGACAGGCAUUAUAAGUUGUUAGCCUUGUAUUCAUAUUCUCCUUAAACUUUGUAACAAAUAAAUUUUAACAAAUUGUAAAAGUUGACCAGGCAGAGGACAUUUUAAGUUACAGGAAGGUCUACUUAGAUGUGAGAAUUGAACCAUGAGAAUGAAAAGUGAACACAUUAUGAAACAAAAUGUAAAUUGAUUUUUUACAGAUGACUAAAUCAGGCCUUUCCCCUGUGAAGAGUGUACAUACCUCUAUUUUGGGGUCUGGUUUACUUUGUCGCUGUUUUGUUGAACCUUUUUUUUUUACCGUGUGUGAGUAAAGGAUAGGGAUGAUGGCAUUUUUUGGGAGGGUCGGGUGCAGAAUUUUAUGCUAGAAAAUAAUACAAGUGGGUUAUUGAAAGGUAUUUUAAUUUGUAUAGUUGAGGAAUCUAUUAUUUUUGUUGUACAUACACGUAUCAUUCAUCUGUUAUCACCCAUGUCUACACACCCCAUGAACAUUACAUUAAUGGCAUGCUGCCAGAUGUUUGUUCUUGUGAUUAGUACAGACCAUUGUUACCAUUGAAUACCCUAUUUUGGAUCCCACCCCAAGCCAAAUAGAGAAAAAGCACUGUACUGUCCUAUAUCCAUAAUGUAUGUCACCAGUAUUGGACUGUUCUUUAGUAGCGCAGACACUCAAGAAUGUACGGCACGUACAAAGGGGUAUCUAGGAGUCUUUCCUGUAAUUAUGAGUUGUAUGGUUCAGGAUCUAUGCAGCCACAGUGGAAACUGCUACCAGUCCAUGGCCUGCUAGUUUCCAGCUCCAGGACUCAUAGCCUUCUAGGUCUUCUGUACCUCAACUGGAGAUCGAAUUUUUUUCUCUUUAAAGGAUGGAGGCUCUAACAUUUGUAUGUACCUGUUAAAUUAAGCCACAGCACUGUUUUCAAUUUAUAAAAACUAGGUUUUGUCAAAGGAACCCAACAUGACCUUGUAGCCUUAGGCUUCCUGACGUAGAUAUUUUGCUGGAUGCUUCUGGAACUUGAUCUUUGAACAGAAACUCAUCCCAAGCACCAGCAGUGCUCAUUUCAGAACGAUAGGAUUUUGUAUGUUAUUUGCAGUUUUUGCUUAUGUUCAACUUAUGUUUGUAGUAUUUUAUCUCCAGUGGUCUGUGGCUUAUCAAAAUGACCUUAGAUAUCUUAAAUGGUACCAUUUAAUGCUUCCAUGUCUCACUACUGGAUAGUGUGGCACAUUUCCUAAGUUUUACAUUUAGCAGGUUUUGUACUUCGCCUCCCCUUUUAUUUGUUGCAGUAUGUUGUGACUGGUGUUUGACUUUUUUCUUUUCUUUUUUUUCCCCCUGAAGUUCUCUACCAUGGCUUAAGCUUUCAGGACCUAAUAUAUACACUUUCAACUUGCAUCUACAUGCAGAUUGUACAGCAUUGUAUAAGCCUGCCACACUAUUUUCGUAUGAAAAUGUACUUAAAUAAAAUGUCCACAUAUCAA